UCAUCCGGCUACCGGGUCGCGGCCGUCGACGAGACACGAGAAAGGCGACGACCACUGCCUCCUCCACUCCUCCAGAUCGCCGCCGCCGCCGCCAUGGGGGGCGGCUCCACGGCGCCCCUCCUCGCGGCCUUCGCCUGCGUCUUCCUCGCCGUCUUCCCUCCCGUCGCCUCCGGAGAUGCUGCAACGUUGGAGUCAGUUCCGGAUCUUGUGAAGGCAAUGUACAUAAACGUUGAAAGCUUCCCUUGUGUGAGGCUGUUGAAUCACUCUGGUCAAGUCGGUUGUUCUAAUCCUGGGCAUGACAAGGUUAUUGCACCGAUUGUAAGAUUUGGAAACAGAAAUGAUCAGUUGGUUCAGCCGUCGGCGGUUCUUCUUCCCUUAAAUCAGAUGACAGAUUUCUUUCUGAGGGUAUCCAAUGAUCCAGAACUUUAUCGUAAGAUAGCUGGCGUACUAGUUGAGGCAAAUGGCGUUGAUAACAUGCUAGAGUUUUCACCGGAUAGAAAAUUUCCACAACAGGCUUUUGCACCAUACUCAAAUCUCAGCCAUCAUUGGAAUCCCACGGGAUCAGGUAUUAUGUGGAACAAAUAUGACUUUCCUGUGUUUCUUCUCUCAGAGGAGAGCACACAGACUCUGCAAAACCUUGCGGACAAGAAUGAGAAGAGUGCCAAUGGAUAUCUAGCAAAUGUUGCAGAAUUUGACCUCGUUAUGCAGACAACAAAAGCUGGGACGCAUGAUUCAGAGUCCUGCCUCAGAGAGCAGUCAUGCUUGCCUUUAGGAGGACAGAGUGUAUGGACUUCGUUACCACCAAUCAGCAAUUCAUCUACAAAGCAUCAGAAACCAAUAAUAAUGGUCACUGCAUCCCAAGACUCUGCAUCAUUCUUUCGGGACCGUAGUCUUGGUGCUGAUUCUCCCAUCUCUGGAUUGAUUGCCUUGCUCACUGCUGUUGAUGCUCUCUCUCACCUUCAUGAUAUAAGUAAUCUUAAGAAACAGCUUGUUUUUGCUGUUUUCAAUGGUGAAGCCUGGGGUUAUCUUGGUAGCCGGAAAUUCUUACAGGAAUUAGAUCAAGGGGCUGACUCUGUUAAUGGCAUUAGCAGCUUAUUGAUUGACCAGGUCUUGGAGAUUGGUUCCGUUGGCAAGGCCAUAAGUCAGGGAUAUCCACUAUUUUAUGCGCAUGCUGCAGGGAAUUCGUCAAUUUCGAUGAAAAUGGUAGAUGCACUCCAAAGUGCCAGUGAAUCACUUGGUUCUGAUAAUGUUAAAGUAAAACCAGCAGCUUCAUCAAAUCCUGGUGUUCCACCAUCUUCAUUAAUGUCGUUCCUAGGAAAGAAUUCAUCAACUCCUGGACUUGUCUUGGAGGAUUUUGAUUCCCAAUUUUCUAAUAGAUUUUACCACAGCACUUUGGAUGGCCCUGCAAACGUCAAUUCUUCGUCAAUAGCAGCUGCUGCUGCUUUGAUUGCCAGAUCAUUAUACAUUCUUGCUAGCGCAGACUUGCCCAUUGAUCUCAUCACACUGAACACUAUUAAAGUGAAUGUUUCACUGGUAGAAGAAUUGAUUGGAUGUCUACUGAAAUGUGAUCCUGGUCUUUCUUGCGGAAUUGUGAAGAGCUUCAUUUCUCCAAGCAACUCAUGUCCAAGUCACUAUGUUGGUGUUUUUCAGGAUUUGCCUGCUGGCACACAGUUUCCUUCAUAUGCAGAUGAUAUCUCUCGGUUUAUAUGGAACUUUUUGGCAGACAGAACUUCUAGUUUGGCAGGUAACAGUAGCUCUUGUACUGGACAGUGCCAUGAUGAAGGCGAAAUAUGUGUAGGGGCAGAAGUGGAAGGUGGAGGCAGAUGUGUUGUAUCUACAACUAGAUAUGUCCCUGCCUAUUCAACGCGGCUGAAGUUUGAGGACAAUGUAUGGCAUGUUCUUCCAGUAAACUCUUCAGACCCUUUUAGUGCUGCAGAUCCUGUGUGGACCGAAAGCUUCUGGAAUACAAUUGGCCUCAGGGUGUAUGCAGUGCAAGCUACAUCUUAUGAUUGGCUUGUUCUUCUGAUCGGGAUCAUUAUUACGGUGGCAUCAUACUUUGCAGUGAUCGUUGGCAGAUCAUACAUUUCAAAGAUCAUAAAGCGGGACUAAAACAUCAUCCAUUCCCUCCAUUAUUUCUGAGACCUUGGUCCAUCAGAUCCUACCACCAAAGCCAUCUCUGUAAGGUGCUCUGGGAAUUUUGAGAGUUGGAACAGAACUAAUAGUCUAACACAUGAAUUAAGUCGGCAAAUCUUAGAUGCAAUGUGGCACAUGGCGAUAGGGAGAGGAUUUGUAAAACUACAAAAGCCAUGUGGAGCCUUCCAGCUAGAAGGAGAUGUGAUCCUACUACAUGAUACAUGACACCGACCUACAGGCUGUUGUGAUUUGUACUGAUGUUUCUGGAUCUGCUUGGCUGAUUGGCUCUGCAUUGGUAGGUAUAGGUAGAUGGAUGAUGCCCCUCUGGGAGGAUGUAUGCUGUGGAUUAGUGCUGGUUAUGCACGUAUCAUCUUUGAGUUUUGGCUGUGUACGUCUCUCCAGUCCUAUUUUCCUACUGUGUUGGGACCAGUUGAGUAUUGUGCUGGUUUACGGAACCUUAUCGAUAUCAUGUCAAGAACUGUCCCUAUACAAUUUUAAAUAA